AUGCCAGCAGUUUACAAGUCGCCCUACGAGGGGUUCGAUGCGGCUGGGCGCCAGAGGGAUCCCUUCGGUCAAUACAGAGAAGAAGGAGCAAGGGGUUUCGAUUUUCGUGAACCGAGUCGUGAGAGGGAAGCGCCGACUGACAGACCGGGACUCUUCCAGUGGGCAGCUAGACCGGAUGAAGGAGAACCGGGGGAAAGGAGCAGGCCGAGGGGAAGAACGCCUCUGGAGUUCGAAGAAAUGCCGGGAGGCCCACCUGGCUUCGGUAGAGUGAGGGAAGAAGAAGCUCAGCGGAGCUAUUGCCAGCAGCCGUCUUUGGAGCGUCCAUUCCGUCAAGGUUUCGCCAGUCAGCCAGAUCAGCAGUUUGCAGCAAACCCGUAUCUGGGUGGAUUCAGAAUCCUAGAAAAUGCGCAGCCGGCAGCAGCUCAUCCCAAUCCGUCAGACUUUCAAUCUCGUCUCGCGCAUCUGGAAGAGCAAGUCAGAGCAAACACAGAUAAGGCAGCAAUGGAGUCAGAGCUUAGACGCCAUGCGACGGCGAUAGAUCCGUUCAAGAAGCGAGGCCUCUUUGCACAGCACGAGAUGUUCUCGGCCAUCUAUGCAGCUCCAACGGCUCACAAAGGAACGCUAGCGCUAGCUGAUGACAUGGGGGUUUUCCUCAAGAAUAGAUGCAUCAAGCUGAACUACAUGGCAGAAGAUAUUCACACUUUUGCCCAGCAGAAGGUCAGAGAGCUAGGCGAGAACCCAACGGCAGCUCAGGUGGCCGCGGUCGAGAAAGAAGUCCUGCGCUGCUUCCAAGAGAAGAAGGUCAAGGCCGAAGAAGUGCUGGCUAAACAUCCGGAGUGGCUCAGAGAAGAAAACAGGGGGCAAUACUUUGCGCCACCGCCUCCUCCGGCCUACCACAACCAGAACCCGGGGCAAUGGCCAGCUGGCAGAGGGCGUCCUCCGUACGCUAGAGGAGCUGGUGGAGGGAUCCCCCAGAACGUCGGGCCAGGACCGCGUAACAGAGAAGAUACGCGAGGAGGUUGUCUGGGCGAACCGACUCCGAAGAGACCCCGGCAGAUGAGCCCGCGCGACACCACGGAACCUGCAAAACCCAGCACACCCUCUGCACCACUAACGUGGGAAGGAGAAGGAGCAAAAAAGGGCGGGGUGGAGGAGCCGAGAAGAGGAGAGGCGAUUAGGCGUGUCGAAGAAAACGAAUGUGAUCCGUCGGAAGAGCAAACAGAGGGUGAGGUGGUCUCUACGUCGUGUCUGCUUGUCGAGUCGGAAGCGAACCGCAGAAUCCGGAAGCUGGGCCGGAAACGGAAGAGUCAGGAGACCCGGAAUCGGAUCAAAUAA